AUUUGAGACGUUUGAGCUGUGACUGUCAAAGUGGGAGGUGAAAAAUAAUCAGCAGUGUUUAAAGAAUCUUUGAAACAUGUGUGAAGAUACAAAUAGAUGAGGAAGAGACAAAGACAGAAGAGAAGACGAGAAGACGAGACGGAGACGUCUAGAAACUGAAGGUUUCUCUGUGGAGGGAGCGAGCGAGUGUCAGAGGAUCAGGAUGUGUGUUCUCCUGUGGACGGCUCUGCUCUUCUAUGUGAGAGGCAUCAGCUGUGACGGAGCUGCUCUGAAGCAACACUGUCAAACUGGAUCCUACUGUAUCAGCCUCAGUGAGGGAGGAACAACAGCAGAGGCUGGACUCUGUGCUGUUAUACCCUGUUCCUUCACUGUUGAUGCUGGAUUUAAUGCCACACAAUUAAUGUGGUAUAAAUGUGGUGCAGAGUUACCAAUGAAAUGUAAUGAAGCUCACUCACUAACAUGUAACUCCAGCAGUAGAUCAGCAGUAUUUCAGUCUGAGUUUAGAGGACGAGUGUCUCUGUUGGAGCCUGACCUGAGUCUGAGGAACUGCAGCAUCAUCAUCAGUGACCUCAGACAAUCUGACUCUGGAUCAUUUAAGCUCAGACUCUGUGGUUACAAAGACAAGAAGCCAGACGGCUUCACAUUCACUUCUUCAGCAACUCUUACAGUUACAGGUCUGAGUCAGACGCCCACAGUGACGGUUCCUCCACUGACAGCAGGACAGCAGAACACUGUGACCUGCACUGCUCCUGGUCUCUGCUCUGGAUCUGCUCCUACAUUCACCUGGAGGUGGAGGAAACCAGGAGGAACCCACUCUCACAUCACAGGAAACAUCACAGCCGUCACCACGGAGAAUGUGAGCGCUGUCACUCAGAGACACAGCUCAACUCUGACCUUUGACCUUUCAACUAAGCACCACGGCACAGAGGUCACCUGUGAGGUCAGCUUCACAGGAGACGUAAAGACAGAGGAGACGGUGACUCUGAACGUGAGCUACGUCAAGAAACCAACCAUCAGUGGAAAUCCAACAGUGAAAGCAGGAGACGCUCUGAAUCUGACCUGCCGUGUUGAUAGCUUCCCUCCAUCGUAUGUUACAUGGACCAAAUCCGGCUCUGACGGCGUUGGUGAAGAAUCACAGACUGGAUCAGUGUCUGUCAUCAUCUAUAACACGACAGCAGACGCUUCUGGACAGUACGUCUGUACAGCACAGCAUCCAGUCAGGAACGUGACUGCACGCUCUGAAGUCACUGUAACAUUUCCUCCACAGAUCUUAAACGUGUCUAGAUGCAUGAAUCAGCAGCAAACACUCAGCUGUGUGUGCAUCAGCUGGGGUUCUCCUCCACCCUCCAUCACGUGGCCGCUGCUGAAGAACCACAGUGAAUACUCAGUAUCUAGCACCGUGUCCAAGCACACAGCGAACAGCAGCGUCACCCUUCAUGGCAGCGCUCAAAGCAGCAGCGUAGAGUGUGUCAGCACAAACGAAGGCGGGGAAACGAGAGAGUUCCUCCAAGUGAGAACCCACUUAAAGCAAGAAGAUGUCGUCACCAACGUUUUACUGAACAGUAAGUGGCUGCAAGUCGCCUUUGGGUUCAUUACUGGCAUCUUGUUUUCUGCGGUCGUCGUCUGUUUGGCAAGAAGAUGCCACAGAAAAAAGAAUCCCGGGGAUCAGCUUGAAGCCGUGCAGAUGCAAACUGUCCUAGAGGCUGACGCUGGUCACAACCAUGAGACUCAAUGCAGAGAAGUCAACUACUCUGUCAUUGACUUCUUUGUGUUGAAAAGAAAAAAACCCACGAAGACAAAAGAGGCGCCAGAAAGCACAGAGUACACGGAAAUUAAAACAAGAGCAGUGGAGAGACGACACGGUGAAGGGAAGGAAGGUGAAACGCUGGAGGCCCACGAGGAGCAGGAGGUGGCUGAGGUUGAGCAAAGGGAGAACCAGCAGUGCAUUGUGGGAAAAGAGGAGGAAUAUGAGGAGAUGGCGCUGUAUUCAAAUGUUCAUGAAACAAAGCAGCAGAUACAAAUAGAUGAGGAAGAGACAGAGACAGAAGUGAAGACGAGACGGAGACGUCUAGAAACUGAAGGUUUCUCUGUGGAGGGAGCGAGCGAGUGUCAGAGGAUCAGGAUGUGUGUUCUCCUGUGGACGGCUCUGCUCUUCUAUGUGAGAGGCAUCAGCUGUGACGGAGCUGCUCUGAAGCAACACUGUCAAACUGGAUCCUACUGUAUCAGCCUCAGUGAGAGAAGAACAACCGCAGAGGCUGGACUCUGUGCUGUUAUACCCUGUUCCUUCACUGCUGAUGCUGGAUUUAAUGUCACACAAUUAAUGUGGUACAAAUGUGGCUCACAGUCACUAAUAAAAUGUGAUCAAAUUCACGGUCUAGUGUUUAACUCCAGCAAUAAAUCAGCAGUAUUUCAGUCUGGGUUUGGAGGACGAGUGUCUCUGUUGGAGCCUGACCUGAGUCUGAGGAACUGCAGCAUCAUCAUCAGUGACCUCAGACAAUCUGACUCUGGAUCAUUUCAGCUCAGACUCUGUGGUUACAAAGACAAGAAGCCAGACGGCUUCACAUUCACUUCUCCAGUAAAUCUUACAGUUACAGGUCUGAGUCAGUCGCCCACAGUGACGGUUCCUCCUCUGACAGCAGGACAGCAGAACACUGUGACCUGCACUGCUCCUGGUCUCUGCUCUGGAUCUGCUCCUACAUUCACCUGGAGGUGGAGGAAACCAGGAGGAACCCACUCUCACAUCACAGGAAACAUCACAGCCGUCACCACGGAGAAUGUGAGCGCUGUCACACAGAGACACAGCUCAACUCUGACCUUUGACCUUUCAGCUGAGCACCACGGCACAGAGGUCACCUGUGAGGUCAGCUUCACAGGAGACGUAAAGACAGAGGAGACGGUGACUCUGAACGUGAGCUACGUCAAGAAACCAACGAUCAGUGGAAAUCCAACAGUAAAAGCAGGAGACGCUCUGAAUCUGACCUGCCGUGUCGAUAGCUUCCCUCCAUCGUAUGUUACAUGGACCAAAUCCGGCUCUGACGGCGUUGGUGAAGAAUCACAGACUGGAUCAGUGUCUGUCAUCAUCUAUAACACGACAGCAGACGCUUCUGGACAGUACGUCUGUACAGCACAGCAUCCAGUCAGGAACGUGACUGCACGCUCUGAAGUCACUGUAACAUUUCCUCCACAGAUCUUAAACGUGUCUAGAUGCAUGAAUCAGCAGCAAACACUCAGCUGUGUGUGCAUCAGCUGGGGUUCUCCUCCACCCUCCAUCACGUGGCCGCUGCUGAAGAACCACAGUGAAUACUCAGUAUCUAGCACCGUGUCCAAGCACACAGCGAACAGCAGCGUCACCCUUCAUGGCAGCGCUCAAAGCAGCAGCGUAGAGUGUGUCAGCACAAACGAAGAGGGGGAAACGAGACAGUUCCUCCAAGUGAGAACCCACUUAAAGCAAGAAGAUGUCGUCACCAACGUUUUACUGAACAGUAAGUGGCUGCAAGUCGCCUUUGGGUUCUUUACUGGCAUCUUGUUUUCUGCGGUCGUCGUCUGUUUGGCAAGAAGAUGCCACAGAAAAAAGAAUCCCGGGGAUCAGCUUGAAGCCGUGCAGAUGCAAAAUGUCCUAGAGGCUGACGCUGGUCACAACCAUGAGACUCAAUGCAGAGAAGUCAACUACUCUGUCAUUGACUUCUUUGUGUUGAAAAGAAAAAAACCCACGAAGACAAAAGAGGCGCCAGAAAGCACAGAGUACACGGAAAUUAAAACAAGAGCAGUGGAGAGACGACACGGUGAAGGGAAGGAAGGUGAAACGCUGGAGGCCCACGAGGAGCAGGAGGUGGCUGAGGUUGAGCAAAGGGAGAACCAGCAGUGCAUUGUGGGAAAAGAGGAGGAAUAUGAGGAGAUGGCGCUGUAUUCAAAUGUUCAUGAAACAAAGCAGCAGGUUUGACUUCGUAGCUCAGUGAUGUCACUGAGGCGUGUUGCGUAACAGCUGUUUGUUACUUGGAGUCUCUGGGUGUUUGUGUGUUGGUGAUGCCUCAUGUCUCUCUCUUCCUGUCUCUGCUUGAACAAAGGAUCAGAUCUCUGUCCUGCUUCAUUUGCUUUCUGCAACCAAGGUUAUAUUACAUGUUAUGUUAAACUUAUCCUGGUUUAUUGAAAUGUUUCUGCUUUAUUGUGUGAUUGUGAUUCCCUGAUAAAAGUGGUGUCAUUAAUAUAAAUGAAUAGGAUGUAUAUGGAUACGGGACGUGACUAUGUACAGUAAAACCCUGCAUGAGUUCCAGGUCACGUCAGGCCUCAUGCAGCGUUCAGCUAUUCCUUUUUUAAGCAUAAAUAUGAAUUAGUCGUCUUUAAUCUUUUGUGACAGUGUGUUUGUAAAGCAAAUGUACCUGUCCUCUACUUUGUGGUGAUCAUAAUAUGUGGAACUUUACACAAACUGAAUGAUUAAUCAAUAACAGAUCAGCUGUUGGCUUCUCUCUGCAAAUUACUGUUACUUAAGAAAAGUUGUUUUGUUUCUACAAUGACUUUUAUGUUUUAAAGUCUUCACACCUCAAGCAGAUUCCUUUGACUUCAGUUUCACACAAACAUAAAUAAAAUAAAAACAACAACAAACAUGUUGAUUAUUGAGA